UAGUCCAGGAAAGUGUUAAAUCUUGAUUGCUAGAGUAAAAUGGUGUCUCUUGGGCUAACUGCUGGAAGAAGCUUGAGUUUCUUGGACUUCUACUCAGUGCGCACACACAUUUAGUAGGCUCUAUUUGUUCCAUACAAACUCUUGUCAAGUGUCUGAAGUUUGUAGGCCACCUUAGCUAUUCCUCCUUAAGGACAAGCGGCUCAUGUAAAGUCAAGAGGUAAGUGAUUUUUAGGCAAUCAUAUCUUCAAAACAAAGAAAGUUCCAGCAAAUGCUUCAUUAUUUUUUCAGAUCCCUGUUCGAAGCAGGAAAAAAUUCAUUGAGAAUUAACCUGCUACAUUUGGCAAGAUUGAUGGCUUUUGGUGCCUUCCACUGCCAGUUAUGCUGCUUGAUAAAGUAGUAGAAAGUAAAUUUUUCUAGCCCAUAAAAAAGUUUUUGUGACUGUACAGCCCCUUUUAAAACCACAGAGCCUCACAGUGUGAAUUGUGGGAAUGACAGACUUAAUUGCAUAGUCCUCGCCCAUGCUAAUUGCUGGUGAGGCCAAAAAGGGCAUGCAGGGUCUGGCUCACUAGACUAUGAUAUAGAUUAAAAUGUAGCACAAAAGAUGAAGUACCUACAUGUAUCACACAACUGCUUUUACAUAAAUUCACUACCACACCAGCUUAUAUAACUAAUCAGUCAGAUUCAACUGAAGUUGAUGUGUCAAAAAUAGAUACUAAUGCAAUGAAAACCUUCAAGGAACUCAUCCAAGUAGAAAACAUUUCAACAGAUGUUAACAUACUAGUUAUUGGAAGGACAGGACAAGGAAAGUCUGCAUUAGUCAAUAGCCUCAUUGAGCUAGGAGAAGAAAUUGUGCGUGAGGGGUCAACUACUGAUAGCUGUACACAAACACCCCAGUCUUACACCUACCCAAACAUCAUUCCUGGUGUCAAUGUCACAAUAAUUGAUUCUCCAGGUCUGCAAGAUGCUCAAAACCAAGAGUACAAACACAUUCAAGAAAUGAAGAACGAAUGCCACGAGAUUAGUUUGGCCCUCUACUGCAUGAAGAUGACAGACAAGCGAUUAAUCAAUGAUGACAAAGUUGCUAUGCAAAAGCUCCAUCAAGCAUUUGGUCAAAAAUUCUGGGAGAGAGUUGUAUUUGUUUUAACCUUUGCAAAUGAUGAUAGGUUAAAAAAAUGGGAUAAAGAUAGAGAUGAAGAUGACAGAAAUGAGGAACUCAGUUUGGAAGACCGGAUGAUCAAACGACUGAAAGGAAGAGUUCAACAUCGCAAAGACAAAUUAAAUGCAUUUGUCAAUGACCUCCUACAAUUACAACACACAUCAAAGCAGAGUCAAGAUGCAAUCCAAAAGACAAAGUUUGAAGUCCUUCCAGCUGGAUAUUAUGACCCUGAUCAUGAUGAUAUUCCUCGUGGUGUCAACUGGCAGCGUGACCUUAUUGCUUUUUGUUGCAAUACAUUAAAGCACAAGCACAGAUUAUCAAAACUAAAACUAAAUAAAAAGAUUGCUUUAGCUAUUAUCAUUGAUAAUCGUGGAGAAAUCAAGGUGGAGAAUGAAGAAAAAAUAUUAAAUGAUGAAGCAGCAGCUCUUAAAAAAGCUUUUGAAAAUCUUGAGUUUGCUGUUCUUUACUUUAACAGCCUCUCCUCAGAAUCAAUAGCUACUUUGCUUGAAGCAAUAAGUGAAGUAAAUCAUUCUCAUUUAUCGAUGAUAGCCCUAGUAUUUCUCAGUAAAGGGAAGACUGCUGAGCUAUAUGAUGCUGAUGACGUGGCUGUGCCUUAUUCUGCUUUGUUUCGCCAUUUUGAAAGAUCUCCAAUUCCAGUUAUAUUCUUUUUUGAUUCAUUAUGUGAUGAUAAAAAGAAAAAGGAUGAUUCAAAAAUUGAUUUUCAUUUGCCUCUACAUAUUUGCCCCCAAAAUUCCCUGGUUCUCGCUGCUACAUACAAUUCAGCAUCAUCUCCUGUACUCAAAGAGUUCACAGAAAAGCUGGGCCACACCAGUGUCCAAAAAUGCUUUGAAACAAUAUGUGCUAAUAAUAAUAGCACUACUGUGAAAAGCAUAUGGCAUGACACUCUUGGGAAUUACUCAUUUAUUGUCAAAUCAACUUAUGACAGGAUUGAAACUUUUGAACAAAAAUUAGAAGUAUACCAUUCAAUAUGGUAUUUCAUUCGUUGCAAGACAAUAGACAAUUUGGGAGACAACGUAGAAGAACUCAUGUCAAUAGUCCAUAAAGAAAGAGCAAUUCAAAUAGCAGCUACUGUUUCAGGCAUAAUAUUAAGUAAAGGCUUAGUUGCAACAGGAGUAGUUCUUGUUCCUUUAACUUUUGGUGGGUCUCUUACAUUAUCUGCAUUAGGUGUUGCUGUGGGGUUUGGUACUUGUGGUGCUGCACUUGCUUCAGUAAUUCGUAAUAAGAAACGGUUAAAAAAAGCACAAGAAAUUAUCAGCCUAGAUCAGCAAAUUAGUUUGAUAAUUAAUGAAGAUGCCAAUGAAUAUUAUCAAAUGAUGAUGCAACUUGCACCUCAUGUAUCAGAGUCUUCAGUUAUUGGUGCAGCAGCUACUAUCAGAGGUGCAACUGCUGGUACUGUACCUGAAGCAGAAAAUACAGUUGAAACAGCUGCACUUGCAGUACAUACUACUGGUCGCAUUGCUGGAAUGACUGGAGCCUCUUUAGCUGUAACAAUACCAAUCGAUAUUUGUAGUAUUGCAUAUCAUAGCUAUCACAUACACAAAGCAAAAAAUGAUCCCUUAGAGAAAGCUAAAAUUACUGUUAAACCAGAGCAGAUUAUACAUAAUCAAGUGGAAGCAUUAUUUAAAGGUACAUGCCAUGCAAUUAAUGAAGUUGAGCACGAAGUUCAAUCCAAAAAAAAUAUUCUUAAAGAUGCUGAGUAUGGUUAUGAAAUUCAUGUGCCAGUAAAAGAAAAUAAAAAGCUUGCAGUGACAGUUCGUACAAUCUUCUCUGGUCCAUUUGUCUAUCCUGAUGGGUAUACUCUUGUAAGUGCUGUAUAUGAUAUCACAAUGCCAAAGCUACCUCAACCAGCAACCAUUAAGCUGGAGCAUUGUGUAGAAGAAUUUGAUCAGACUAGAUCAGAUUUGAGUUUUGCUGUUGGCAGCGUUGACUUGAAGGAAAAAAAGAUAAUCUUUGAAAAAGUGGAUCAAGAGUUUAAUGGAUCAAUUCAACAAAAAAGCAGUUGUCUCUUAUGCAUAUUGUACAGGAGAGCAAUAUACAUGCAAGACAAAAGCACUGUGAAAUAUGUUGCUCAAUGUUUUUACGAAAGAAAGUACAAGAACUUUUGGACUCUGAAUAUUGCUUUUACAAAGCUUCUGUAUGUUAAUUUUAAGCAAACUCAGUAUACAUGUAGAUAUGGUCUUCAAGGCUCAUACUAUCCAUUUGUUUUUGAUUCUUCCAUGCUCUCUCUUGAUCUAACUUGCUUUAAAGAUACAAAAGAGUUCUCUGGAUGGAUAGUAUCACCAAAUGAUAGCGAAGAAAUGCCAGACACAAUAUCAAUGCAAACAAUUGACACUGUUGAGUUGAGAGAAAGAAGUGCCCAAGUGCUUAGAAAAUCAUUUCCCUCCAUCAGUUUGUAUGUUUAUAUUUUUAAUGAAGAAACUGCUGCUGACACAAUAAAUGAGUUGUUCAAAGUUGGAGGAACAAACUUAAGCAUUAAUAUCAGCCGUCACAAAGAAUAGGCUAGAGCUUUAUUGAUAAUAAUUUAGUACUUUUAAUUGUAUUGUGUGACUUUGUUACUUAAGGUGAAAAUUAAUUUUCCAAUUUAUUGAGUGCUGUGUUCUU